CGCGCAGGGAAGGCAGCAGUGACAGACAGGGCAGGCAGCAGCGGGCAGCUCAAGGCAGCUCGCAGCGCCCGGGGAGGGCUCUGAUUCAUCACCCCGUUCAGAGGAGAGGAUGGGACGCCGCUGAACUCCCCUUUCUCUCUCUCCUCCCUUCCCCCCCUUCGCCAAGCAAGCCCCCCCCUCUCCUCCCCCCUCCGCUGCUCUUUCUCUCUCCCUAAGCAGUGAGGCUCGGACAGUGCUCGGCUCCAGAGCUUUAUUUUAAGAUGAUCAGCCAAGGUCUUUGCAGAAGUUAAAUAGCAGGCGCUGGUCGCUCCCUCGCCAAUAAGUCAUUUUUAAUAGAGACAAAUCGCCCUGGACGCCCCGGAGCGCCGGUGCCGCCGCUCCUUGCCCGCUCCCCCCGCCGAAUGCGAGCGGGCAGCCCAGGCAGCUCCCUCCUCCCGCUGGUGAGAGCUCUGCUUGUUCUGUAAAGUGGAUGUCAGGUGGAUCUAUGUUCUGGAAGGAACAAAGAGGCAGCGAAGGCAGCGCGGGGGAAGUUUGAGCGGCAAGGAUGCAGGCUGUGUACUGGUACGCGGUCCUUCUGCUGCAACCCACCCUCUACCUGGUUACCUGUGCAAAUUUAACAAAUGGAGGAAAAACAGAACUCCUAAAAUCAGGGAGCUCCAAAUCCACACUAAAGCAUAUAUGGACAGAAAGUAGCAAGGACUUGUCCAUCAGCCGACUGCUGUCACAGACUUUUCGCGGAAAGGAAAACGAUACAGAUUUGGACCUGCGAUACGAUGCCCCAGAAACUUAUUCUGAGCAAGAUCUCUGGGACUGGCUGAGGAACUCCACAGACCUGCAAGAGCCUCGGCCCAGAGCAAAGAGACGGCCCAUCGUCAAGACUGGGAAAUUUAAGAAAAUGUUUGGCUGGGGCGAUUUUCAUUCCAACAUCAAGACUGUGAAGCUCAAUCUGCUAAUAACGGGGAAAAUCGUUGACCACGGCAAUGGGACGUUUAGCGUUUACUUCAGGCAUAACUCCACUGGUCAAGGGAAUGUAUCUGUGAGCCUAGUGCCCCCUACAAAAAUAGUGGAAUUUGACUUGGCACAACAGACGGUGAUUGAUGCCAAAGAUUCCAAGUCCUUUAACUGUCGAAUCGAGUAUGAAAAGGUUGACAAGGCUACCAAGAACACACUCUGCAACUAUGACCCUUCAAAAACCUGUUAUCAGGAGCAGACCCAGAGCCACGUGUCAUGGCUCUGCUCCAAGCCCUUUAAAGUAAUCUGUAUUUACAUUUCAUUUUAUAGUACAGAUUAUAAACUAGUACAGAAGGUGUGUCCUGAUUACAACUACCACAGUGACACGCCCUACUUCCCGUCAGGGUGAGGACCAACAUGUGUCUGAGACUGAAGCCUGGGGAAUAAAAGAGGUGUAUGACAGGGCUGUAACCUCAAGGAGGAAGGCCACAUCUAUUGCCUGGAAUGUGUCUACCUGCUGCUGCUGCUGCUGAUGUCAAAUGGCUGCAAAUAUGUUAGCGGAAAACUAAUGUAAUUUUGGGUUGGGUU